GGGCGUGGUUACGAGCAGCACGACAAGCACAGAUGUCGAGGAGCAAAGGCCUAGGGUUCCCAUUCUGAUUCAAACCAAUUGGGUCAGCACAACGAACUGAGAAGCUUCUGCAAGCUUCAGUUUUCAGCCAAUUGGCAGACCAUUGCUGGCAUCGGGUUUGCAGCUGCGUUUUUUCUAAGCUUCUAAUAGAGCUGCGUGGUUUGUCCUUCCUAGCGGAUGGCUUAUGCAGCUUGCGCUGUCUCGCGCCUGGCUCUUUCAUUGCUUCCCACCACCACAAGUCUGCAACGUCAAUCAGCUCGUAGAGGGUUUGCAUUCUGGAUUCAGUGCAAGCCUGCUCCCAGCAAGGAGCGUGCUGUCUGCGGGAAGUGGACUGGAGGGGGCCUUGCACCAAGCACUCAAUUGAAAACUCCUGCACCUCGAUCCAUCAUCAUGUCAGCCAGCGCAAACGUUGCGAAUGCCCAAGCCUCAGCAGCGGCUGAGAUUGAGGAUGAUGCUGCCACGGUCAGCUGUGAGUGGCUACAGUCCAAGCUGGGCAAUGUGAAGGUUCUAGACGCAUCCUGGUACAUGCCGGCGGAGCAAAGGAAGCCUGAAGAGGAAUUCCUAGCUUGUCACAUCCCAGGCGCGCUCUUCUUUGACAUCGACAAAGUCUCCCGGACCGACACCGAUCUUCCUCACAUGCUGCCGUCCGGUGCCGUUUUCAGCCGGGCUCUUUCGGACCUCGGCAUUGGGCGCCAUGACCGGGUCGUCGUUUAUGACGGAAAGGGCAUCUUCAGCGCCCCUCGCGCGUGGUGGAUGUUCCGCGCAUUCGGCCACGAACGAGUGCACGUUUUGGAGGGGGGCCUACCGCGGUGGAAGGCGCUUGGAUUCCAGACAGACAGCGGAAGACCCGAGACUUCAAGAACGCAGGAGCCGGGAGAGCCGCUUGAAUUGAACGAGUCUCUCCUGCGGGAAGCCGAGGACGUGCAGCGAAACUUGGAGACGAGGGAAGCGGAUGUCGUCGAUGCUCGGGGGGCCGGCAGGUUCCACGGGACUGAACCGGAACCGCGGAAGGGCGUCCGUGGGGGGCACAUUCCCGGCAGCAAGAAUGUCCCCUUCCCUCAGGUGCUGACGUCGGACGGCAGAAUGAAGCCUGUAGAGGAGUUGCGGACGGUGUUUGCAUCUGCUGGAGUGUCGCUCGACCGGCCGAUCAUUACUUCUUGUGGCACGGGCGUGACAGCCUGCGUGCUUGCCCUGGCGCUGCAUAAGCUAGGGAAGAAGGACGCAGCUAUCUAUGAUGGCUCAUGGACAGAAUGGGGUGGGAGGAAGGAUCUGCCCUUGGAAAUGGAGUAAAGCGCCAGAUACCCACUCAAUCAACAUAGCCUAAUCCUGCAUCUACCUUGAGAGCAAAAUUGGGUUUUUGUUCAUCGCUUGUCUUUUAACUCGUGUGUAAACCUACAACGUUGUCUCAAGCCCUGGCGCAAAAGCGUCUCAGGAUGGUGUGUCUGCCACUGCUACAAAAUCCAUCUGUAGGCUUCAUCCACAUGGUGCAUCCAUUGUUGAAGAUAUGAUCGGACCAUUAAAUAGUUGAAUCACCGGCAUGCUUGAUUGUUGC